AUGAAAAACACAAAAGCACAGCUAUUUGUGGAGCGGAAAGAGGAAGUACAGGAGCUCGGAUUAUUGCGUCCCGAUAGCUGUUGGUCCUGGCUGGUGUGUGCCGCCUCAGGAAUAACAACUGUUCUUAAUGGGGGUAUCUUUGGCAGCUUUGGUUUGUUAUUAUCUCCAUUGAUGGAAGAUUUUGGAGUGACCCGUUUUGAUGCAGGUAAUAACCUUGAUACAAGUAGCGCCGCUAGGCAAUUAAAACUCCUUAUUACUGCCCAGGCCAGAAAAGAAACCUGUGAUAAGACGGCGGAAAACCCUGUCAUGUCUAAUCAGUGCAGAAUUACUGUUUCCCUGCCUAGUUCCUAGUGUCUCAAGUGUUUGGAAACCUGAAAAAGCGACCGCGAGCGAUCAAGGAUUAUCGCGCAAUGGACCAUGGGAACGUCUAGCUUUGACGCAAAGGACGCUGGGAAGGGUAAGCGAGAAGUUCGCCUUUCCCAUGAUACAUAGCGCGGAACCAAAAUCGCUGCAGUCCCUCUCGAAUCCGCUAGAACGUGCCUGGGUACGAGGCAAUCUGUUUCCUCUUUGGUUUGUGUUCCUGACUAAGGCCCAGUUCUUACUUCGUGUUUCUGUUGGCCGAACUCAGUUGUAAUUGGGUCCAAGAGAAGCUUAACAGGGGAACGUGAUAUUAAGGCAGUUGUAAAUAAAACAAAAUAAAUACAUUUCCAAAUUUUAUGAAUCAAUUUAAUUCAACACGGCAUUAGCACGACGUUUGAAUCACUGCUAUGCCAGAGUCGUGUAACACGGCAGAGCCGGUCCAAAUUCAAACCUUUAUUCCGACAUUGUGCUUCUGCCGUGCUUUUGUCGAACUUAAUUCAAGGGCUAAGGUCGGAACGACUAAAUCGCGACAUAUGAACAGAGCGUAAGGCACCCACCGGCUAGAUUGUGCAACUGUUUUUCAACUUUUUAUUAAGCUUUGCUUAAGCUCUCCAAAAUAAGAAGGCACAGGGCUAGGGUAGAAUGUCCAUGCAAGUUUUAGAGAGGUUCACUGUGUAUGUCUUUCUUGUGCCUGUAUUUCAGCAUGGAUUGGUUCUUUACAUCUGGCAUUUGGUUAUCUCCUCAGUCCUCUUGGUUCGUAUCUCAGUGAUCGCUACAGUUACAGAUUCACUUCCGCGCUGGGCAAUCUGGCAGGAAUGUCCGGUUUUCUCUUAGCAUCCUUAUCUUCUAAGCUUUGGUUAAUGUACCUCACGUAUGGAUUCAUGUCUGGCUGCGGACAUAUAACUUCAUAUAAUUCGUGCAGUUUAGUAGUUCUCCAGUAUUUCAUCAAAUGGCGCUCGUUGGCUGUUGGGAUUGUUCAAUCGUCACCAGCAAUUGGUGUCCUUGCAGUAACACAACUCACACAGGCUUGGUUAGAUGAAUUUGGAUGGCGAUGGGCUGUUAGAGGCCUUGCUGGCCUGUAUUUUGUAUGUGCCUUGUGUUCAGCUGUCUUUGUACCGCUGGACCAUCCGUCAGAGGUAAAUAACUGGGACAAGGACAUGAUUAUGAAGCCACCGGUGGAACAGACAAGGAGAUUAUCUCUACUUGGAAAUCGGCCGUUCUUAAUCUUACUAACUUCCGUAGCUGUCAAUCAUCUGGCUAACUACGUUCCAAUCAUGCACAUAGUAAGUACUCGAUACAUACACCCAUUACAUUAUACCCAUACAUCCAUUCAUUCGGGAUUGAGUCAAGCAAAAUUUCUGGCUUCCAAGAAGACUAAUUCUCUAUGUCACAUAAUUUUGUAUACAAAAUUGUCAUGUGAUGGACUGUAAUUUAAGACUGCAAGAAUUAAAAAACGGAUUACUAGCCUGAGAAAAAUGCAACCAAAACUAAGUGAUACCACCGACGGCUUGCCCUCGAAUUACGUCUAGCGAUCGAGUGCAGAAAUUCCACACUGAUGACGGGUCAAUUCCCAGAUCUGUGUAAGGCCCCUGAUCUAGACUGCGAACCGUCUCUCUUUUUCUUGAAAUUUAGUGAGGGGAGUGCACGUGCACGCGAGCGUUGAGCGGCGAAGCCGCCAGAGGCGAUUUGCGUGUCUCGCGCGCUUUUCGCUCAACGGACUAAGAAAAAAGAGAAACUGCUCGUAGUCAGGAGCCCAUGAUCUGGAGCGAUCAACUCUCGUUAUAGGCCUAUGUCACAUUUUAGGGCACUUUUACCCGCGAAAAUAGAUAUGAACAAGGAAAAUUAAACGUUAUUAAAAGGCAAAAAAAGAAAAUUUUUUAGGGCUGUAGGUUUCUGUUAGUUUUGCUGACUGGUUUUUUAAAAGAUAUCAAGAGCCAACAAAUUUGCACCAAAACCGUUCUAAAAAAUAAACUGGUCCGUGUAAACGCUGUGACAAGAGCACAUGGAAGUUGCUCGCUCCGGGUUAUGGACUCCUGUCGUGGUCCAUUCUGAUCUGUCGGUUGAAGCAAGUUUUCAACCAAUCAGAAGCACUUCUCAGUUUCUCGAGAUAAGGUGGGUUAUAUAAAGGUUUGAAUGUUUAAAAUUUAAGGGCGAUUUAUGUAAGAUGCCAGGAAUACUUUUCUUUUAGCAUGCUUAGAACAUCUUCUCACAAUUAGAAAGUCAGUGUGUUUAUGUUAACUUCUGACAAUUACUUUCUAUUCAUGUGUCUCCUCACUGUCUUUUCGACUCAAACUGACUACAUAAUUGAAUUAUCCGACGGACUAUCCAACUCUUAACCUGACUGACUGGUUAAAUGCCUGACCUUACCCAGAACGGAGAGUACGGAGUGAAAGAGUGACUCAGUGACGUAAUCACUCAUACAAAUUGAAUCGCCGACUAUCCAACUGAAGGCUCGUUAAAAAGCAGAUAAACUAACAAACUCGCUGAGUGGCUGCAAGGCUGAUGACUGGCCAGUUGAUGGACUGACUGCCCAUAUUUCUUUUGUCAGACAGAUAAACUGGUAACUGUCAGACUAAAAGGCUCCGUUCUUUAUCUCUUUCUAAACAAGAGUAUGACUGAAUAGUUAUCAUAAAAGGUUUCCUCUAACUUGUCCUCUUCCCCUUAAUUUUUCAGGUCAAACACUGUGAGCAAGAACUCCAUAUUGCAGGAAACAAGGCUGCAACGCUGUUUACCUACUUGGCUGUAGCAUCGAUUAUCAGCCGCUUCUUAUUUUGCAAAUUAGGAGACUUGAAUUGCCUCAAGAGAAUUCGUCUUUAUCAAUGUGGAAUGACCAUCAGUGGGCUUUGCAUCAUGUGUCUUCCGCUUGCGAGAUCAUUUGGUUCUUUGGCGACAAUAAUGCUAGUCUUUGGACUUAUGGAAGGCGCCAUGUUAGGGCAAUUGACUUUGCUCGUUUUGGAAUGCGUGGGAAGACACAAGAUCAAUCAGGCUUGGGGAGUGAUGCAGUGUUUUAUUGGCAUGUCUGUUUCUAUAGGACCACCUCUUGCUGGUGAGUUUAGACUUAUCAUUUGUUCCAGAGUAUUUCCCAAAGGCCCUGUCUAGACGUUACGGUGACGCAGUGUCUCAAGGGUACUAUUCACGCCGUAUACAUAGAGUAAUAAAAAUUGCGCGUUCUCUUAAAAGGCGACCUUGACACACCUCUGCUUGUAUUGAUACAUUCUAUCACAUUAUACUAUUUAACCAAGGAAACCAUUUGCAUAUUCUAACGUUACACUGACGUUAUAUGUGGAAGGUCCAUUGAUCAAUCACGAGCAAACCCAGUGUAUGGUUAUAGCCCUGCAUACUUUGAUUUUCUGAAAUCCUCUUUUCAAGGUUUUAUGGCCGACAGACUUGGUUCUUAUAAUCCUACAUUUUACACCACGGGCGCAGUGAUGAUAGCGGGAACAUUGAUUACAUCACUUAUGGCAUUUGUAAAACAACAACCAGAACGGACUGAAGUGUUGCUGUCCAUCGGAGAAGAACUCUUGGUUACAGAAAAAGUGUCAGUUGUCUAGAAUCGUUUCAUACUACGUUUUCUAAUUCGAGG